AUGAUCAUCAGUGAGAUCAAGACACAGGAAACUACUUUUGAAGACUAUCGGAUGUUCAGGAACAUAUCCCUAAGGCACACGCCAACCCUCCGCUCCUUUCUGAAAACACGGCUACAGACCAUAAGAAGCUACCUGGGGCCUCCUGUGAAAUCUUACCAUGGAUUGAGAACACCAUUAGCUCUUCUAUGGGCAAGGUCACCUCCACAAACUAAGGUAUUCGGAGGCUUUGCAUUAUUGGGCCUUGCUAUCGCCAACCUUCAUCCAAAUACUAUCAUCACAUUGGGUCCUCCACUCGGCGUGGGUGCGUGGUUGGCUCGUUCACGGUAUGAAAAGAUGGAAUACUUUAGACUGGUGAGACAGAUACAACCUUCCUCGGCAGAAGAGUUUGAAGAUCCCGAUCAAAGAAUUUGCAUAGCUCGGUACAACGAGGAGGAUGUCAAUCUCGUAUUGGAGGGUUUCGACAAUCAGUUCCAGUACUUCAAGAAGCAGGUGCUUGACCUUGUGGAGAAACGCAUAGUUGACUACAUAGCUAUGUCUGAGUCUACGCCGCAUACAAUGUCAAAGGUGAUCAAACCACUCAUUGACGAGAAUAAACAGGUGACUGUGCAUUUGGGAUCCGAUAUCGAGACUUUUGUAACAACAAAAGCCGAGGUUCCUGCUCUUUCUGAUGAUACUAUCGUGGAGUUCACAAAGCUCUCGGUGCCUUACUACAAUUCCAAUAAUGUCCAGCGUAGAAAGCGACUUGGGAUUGUCGAGGUGAGCUUGCUUGAGAUUCCACAGGAGAAGGAGCAGUUCCAAGAUUUCCGGAUCGGGGUGAAGCUUGUCCAGACUUGA